GCACUGGAAACGGAUACGGCCAAAUAAUGAACAUUCAAAUUCGCUGAGCUCCGUCAUCCUGCCUCCACACGCUAGCCAGUAACUCCCUAAACAGGCUGCCUUGCCUACAUAAGCAGUCAGAUUUCCCAUUUCUCUCUCAAUCCUUCAGAAUCUUCAGAAUCUGCCAGCUUCCCCCCUCCUUCACAUCACUUUCCCCCAAUUCGGAAGGAAGAGCUCGCAAAAAACCCCGCGAAAAAUUCUUCAACAACCCCCGUCAACCCGCCGCCGGGGACGCGGGCCGCCCUCCGGCUCUUCCUUCUGCUCCUACCCAAUUCUUCCAUCUUUUACCACAUAUAGAUAUAUUCUACAUCUCUGCCCUUGUUGUUUUAAUCAAUUUCAUCGAUACCAAGGGCCGUGAUUCUAUCUGAGAAGAGUUGGAGUCCAGGGGAAUAUAAUUGGGGUUGUGUUCCGGAGCUUGGGGAGUUUAGAGGAGGGCGAGCGGGAAUAAGAUUUUGAUGGGUUUUCUGGUGGAUUCGCAAAAGGAUGGCGGAAUCGGGUUCUUGGGAGGUUGCGUGAAGACUCUAAUAAGGAGGAAACAGGUUGAUUCUGCUGACGGCAAUGUCCACGGCCACGACCAGUUGGCCAAGGAGCUGUCUGUUCUUCAUCUCAUUGCCAUUGGCGUUGGUUCGACGAUUGGAGCUGGAGUUUACAUUCUGGUGGGGACUGUUGCUAGGGAACACGCAGGGCCAGCACUUGCCUUAUCUUUUCUAAUCGCUGGAUUUGCUGCCGCUUUAUCAGCCUUCUGCUAUGCAGAACUUGCAAGUCGCUGCCCAUCUGCUGGCAGUGCCUAUCACUACUCGUACAUUUGUGUCGGAGAAGGAGUUGCUUGGUUGGUGGGCUGGGCUCUGAUUCUGGAAUACACAAUCGGCGGGUCAGCAGUUGCUCGUGGCAUUUCCCCCAAUCUGGCAUUGCUAUUUGGAGGUGAAGGCAGCCUUCCAUUUUUCCUGGCACGUCAAGCGAUCCCGGGGCUUGGUAUUGUAGUGGAUCCAUGUGCGGCAAUUCUUGUGUUUGUUGUCACUGGGCUCUUGUGUGUGGGAAUCAAGGAGAGUACUAUGGUCCAAGGCAUAGUGACCACCGUGAACUUAUGUGCCAUGCUGUUCGUCAUAAUAGCUGGAACUUACUUGGGUUUCAAGACUGGCUGGUCUGGAUAUGAGCUUCCUACUGGGUACUUCCCCUUUGGUGUUGAUGGCAUGCUUGCAGGUUCCGCCGUUGUCUUCUUUGCUUACAUUGGUUUUGAUUCAGUUGCCAGCACAGCUGAAGAGGUGAGGAAUCCUCAACGUGAUUUGCCUAUGGGAAUAGGGUUUGCAUUGUCCAUCUGUUGUUCGCUCUAUAUGCUGGUGUCGAUUGUUGUUGUCGGUUUGGUGCCAUACUAUGCAAUGGAUCCGGAUACUCCUAUCUCAUCUGCAUUUGCUGCUCAUGGGAUGCAAUGGGCAGUUUACAUCAUUACAGCUGGAGCUGUCAUGGCACUGUGUUCCACAUUGAUGGGGUCAAUGCUACCCCAGCCUCGGAUCUUAAUGGCUAUGGCUAGAGAUGGAUUGCUGCCAUCAUUUUUCUCAGAUGUCAACAAAAAAAGUCAAGUUCCUGUGAAGAGCACUGUGGUGACGGGACUAUGUGCCGCCACCCUAGCUUUUUGUAUGGAUGUUGAUCAAUUGGCAGGCAUGGUCAGUGUGGGGACACUUCUUGCAUUCACUAUGGUUGCAAUUUCUGUGCUAAUACUCAGAUAUGUGCCACCGGAUGAGGUGCCUGUUCCAUCCUCACUCCAGGACACAAUAGAUAGUGUGUCAUUGCAUUACAACAGAAUUAGUGGGGGUUCUACUAAGAAAAAGUCAAAGGCUCAUGCCAGCAUUUCCAAGGAUUCUAAAUUACCUUUGCUUGUUGGAAAGAAUGCACCAGCGGACUAUCCUGACCUUGUCAAAGAGGACCCUUCAGUUAAAUAUGUGUUAAGUGAAGAGAAAAGGAGGAAGAUUGCUGGCUGGACCAUAGCAUUCACAUGCAUUGGAGCAUUCACCCUUACAUACGCAGCUUCAAAUUUGGCUAUUCAGUGGCUUGUUCGGUAUUGCUUGUGUGGAUUCGGUGGAGCUCUUCUCCUGACUGGCUUGGUUGUGCUGACAUGUAUAGAGCAAGAUGAAGCAAGGCACAACUUUGGACAUUCUGGAGGUUUCACAUGCCCGUUUGUUCCUCUGCUCCCAAUCUUCUGCAUUCUGAUCAAUAUCUACCUGCUCGUCAAUCUCGGUGGUGCCACAUGGGCUCGUGUCUCUGUAUGGCUGGCGAUUGGCGUCGUAGUGUAUUUGUUCUAUGGCCGAAAACACAGCUCGUUAAUGGAUGCAGUAUACGUGCCAGUGGCUCAUGCUGGAGAGAUAUAUGGACGAAGAAGCUCUGGAGAUACUUUGGCUUGACGAUGGAUGGGUGGCUAAGUUUCGGUGAUGGGAAUACGGGCGUGGUGUUCCCAGAUGGAGCAGGACCUCUUUCUAAGCAACAGAAUCUCUUUGCUGUACCAAAAUUUCAAUCUUGUAAGCAUUAGAAUCAAUAUUCAUAUCUUUUAUUCUCUAUUCAGUCAACAUAUAUAUAGCAGUAGCAGAGACUGAAAUCAGUUUCUCUUUGUAGUAUAUUCAUUUCUGUAUGACGAACUAUAGGUACCCGGCGAACUAGGGUAAUUAGGGAAUAUAUAGAUUGUACAUAUCUGUGGCAAGUUUAUAAAGCAUUGUUCUUCCACUUCUCUGAAAGCUUACAACUUCAACCACCACGGCCAGAACUCUUUCCUGUUUAUUUUCACAACUCUUAUGCAAAAUUCCCUUUUUGAAGCUUUGAGCAAAAGAGAAUUAUCUAUGUGUAAAAUUCAGUACUUAUGUGGGAGAGGUUAGGGUGCUAACUUCAUAGGAGUUAGCACCGUAAUAACUGCUUUAAUCACCGUUCAUUUUUUUAAGUUGAAUCCAACGGUGAUAAGUAAUGAACGGUAUUUCACAAAAUUAGAAAUAAUUAAAUAAUUAACAAAUUAAAAUAUAUUUUCUCUCAUCUGUAUGUUUGUAAUUUUUUUUAUCGAAAAAGAUGAUUUUGAGGUUUGAUAGUAGUGUUUUUGAAUUUAAUUGUUAUCCGUAGUAAGUUAGGAGUUUUUUAGUAGCGAUUUAAUUAUCAUUACCAGUGAUUUAGGACUUUCCGUGUAGCAAUUUAUUUGUCAUUAGUAGUGAUUCAGGAAUUUACUUAGUAUUGUUUUAUAUUUCCUGCGUAGCAAUUUUUAUUGAUUAAAAUAUGUAGUUUACCCAAGAACCACUGCUACAUCAUAAAACCUCAAUCAGAGCUGUAAUAUUACUACUAAUUAAACAAGAAAAUGUUACUACAAAUAUGGAAAAUCACUACUACAUAUAACAAUUCUCAUUGUCACGAUAUUAUUGUGAAAUAUGGAAAUCCGCCAGCGUAAAGAGAUGCUUGGGGAGAGCAGAUCGAUGCGGCAGCGUGACGACAACAUUCUCACAACUGGAAGAGACCCGCCAACGUUGCAGAGAUCCGUCAACUUUGAUGGCUGGAAGAGAUGAGACGGUAAGAUGACGACGUUGCUGGGACAGAUUUGGUAAUCGACAUAGAUGCGCGCAUGACGGUGGCGCUACGACGAUCUUGCUUUAGACAGAUAUGGGAUUAGUUGAGGGCGGCGAGGGAGGAUGUCGUUGACGGCGGCGUUCUUGAUUAGUAGUUCAGGAUGGCAACCUAGAGACAGGACGAAGGCGAGUCUGACGCGGGCGAUGGUGAGGCUGGCGGAGGCGAUGGCCUCACAGUGGAGACGGAAGAGGCAGGAUAAAAGACGAUUUCCUGG